GCCUCCCACACCCACCCACACACACAGCACACCCUCCUCGGCUCGACUCGACUCGCCGCCGCCGCCGCAGUCCAUGGCCUCGUCGUCCUCCUCCUGACCGGCAGCAGACCCAAGGUGCGCUCCCGCCCGUCUAUGGUCACCCACGCGCUCUGUUUCCGCUCGAUUGGGGGAUCGAAUCACCCGUUUCAAUCUCAAUCUACGUGCGUGUGGAUCCAGGGCACGCUCAGGCUCUCUCUAGCUGCUGCUAAUAGUAUGUGUCCGGAAAUUGCUGGAGAUUAACCGGCUCGCACGCCUUGUCUGCUACUGCCCCCCCUUAUAGCCGCCGGCAGCUCCAUUCCAGGAGACGAUUCAUUCCGCUGCAGUCUCAACCCCCUUGCUCUUGUGUGUUUUUUUUGCGUUUUGUUUUUAUUGGUUUGGUCCGCUGCUCCGCCGCCGUCGACGACGAACGCCGUGGGACUCCCGGAUGCGACCGAGGCAGCCUCCUCCUAGCGCCAUGGACAAUCAGCAGCAGCAGCAGCCGCCGCGCGGGGAGCACGCCGCCCAGCCGCGAUGCUGGGAGGAGUUCCUACACAGGAAGACCAUCCGGGUCCUGCUCGUGGAGACCGACGACUCCACCAGGCAGGUCGUCGCCGCCCUGCUCCGCCACUGCAUGUACCAAGUUAUCCCCGUCGAGAACGGCCACCAGGCGUGGGCGUAUCUUCAGGACAUGCAGAGCAACAUCGACCUUGUUCUCACAGAGGUGUUCAUGCACGGCGGCCUCUCCGGGAUCGACCUGCUCGGCAGGAUCAUGAACCACGAGGUCUGCAAGGACAUCCCCGUCAUCAUGAUGUCGUCGCACGAUUCCAUGGGCACCGUCCUCAGCUGCCUCUCAAAUGGUGCUGCUGACUUCUUGGCCAAGCCGAUACGUAAGAACGAGCUUAAGAACCUUUGGGCGCAUGUGUGGCGACGGUCUCACAGCUCCAGUGGCAGUGGUAGUGGAAGUGCCAUUCAGACUCAGAAGUGUACCAAAUCAAAGAGCGGCGAUGAUUCCAAUAACAACAGCAAUGAUCGCAACGACGAUGCCAGCAUGGGGCUCAAUGCAAGGGAUGGCAGCGAUAAUGGCAGUGGCACUCAGGCGCAGAGCUCAUGGACAAAGCGUGCCGUUGAGAUCGACAGUCCCCAGGACAUGUCUCCGGAUCAGUCAGCCGAUCCCCCUGAAGGCACUUGUGCCCAUGUGAACCAUCCCAAGUCAGAGAUAUGCAGCAAUAGAUGGUUACCAGGUACAAAUAACAAAAAAUGCCAGAAACCAAAAGAAACCACUAAUGGUGAUGGAUUCAAAGGCAAGGAGUUGGAGAUAGGAGCCCCUGGUAAUUUGAACACAGACGAUCAAUCCUCCCCGAACGAGAGUUCGGUCAAACCAACCGAUGGACGGUGUGAGUAUCUGCCACAGAACAAUUCCAGUGAUACGGUCAUGGAGAAUUUGGAGGAGCCAAUUGUUCGAGCUGCUGACUUAAUCGGUUCGAUGGCCAAAAACAUGGACGCCCAACAGGCAGCAGCUAGAGCCAUAGAUGCUCCUAACUGCUCCUUACAGGCGUCGGAAGGGAAAGACACGGACGGCGAGAACGCUAUGCCAUAUCUUGAGCUGAGCCUGAAGAGGUCGAGAUCGACCGGGGAAGGUGCAGGCCCGAUCCAGGAGGAACAGAGGAACGUCGUGAGACGGUCAGACCUGUCGGCAUUCACGAGGUACAAUAUGUGUGCGGUCUCCAAUCAAGGCGGGGCAGGGUUCGUCGGGAGCUGCUCACCCAACGGCGACAGCUCCGAGGCCGCGAAAACGGUUGCUGCUCAGAUGAAGCAGGGCUCUAACGGCAGCAGCAACAACAAUGACAUGGGCUCCACCACGAAGAGCGUGGUGACCAAGCCCUGUGGAAAUAAUAAGGUUUCGCCCAUCAACGGCAACACACACACGUCGGCGUUUCAUCGUGUGCAGCCAUGGACGCCAGCGACAGCAGCAGGAAAAGACAAGGCUGAUGAAGUGAGCAAGAAGAACGUUGCAGCAGCAGCAGCAGCAGCGAAAGAAAUGGGUUGUGAAGCACAGAGCAAACACCCCUGUGCAGCGGCCGAUGACGUGAAUGGUGGAUCGGCAGGAGGCACUGCUCAGUCCAGUGUUGUCAAUCCUUCGGGUCCGGUUGAAGGCCAUACUGCCAACUAUGGUAGCAACUCAUUCAGCAAUAACAACACCAAUAACGGGAGCACCGCAGCUACCACUGCUGCUGCUGCUGCUGUACAUGCUGAGACCGGUGGUGGCGUCGACAAAAGAAGUAACAUGAUGAACAUGAAACGGGAGCGCCGUGUGGCCGCCGUGAACAAGUUCAGAGAGAAGAGAAAAGAGAGGAACUUCGGGAAGAAGGUGCGUUACCAGAGCAGGAAGCGGCUGGCCGAGCAGCGCCCACGGGUGCGCUGGCAGUUCGUGCGGCAGCCGCCGGCGCCGGCGACCGUGGAGAGAUAACCUCCCGCCACGCACCUAGCUAUACCUAGUACUCUACUAAUUAGACAGCUGAUUCUUGUGUCUUUGGCCAUGGAUCAUUGGGAGCUCGUCUCAUCUCCUGGAAGAAGAAGAAUAACGAGUGACUCCUCCUGCCUGCCUUAGCGACCUACCAUAGAACAUGCCGGCGGAGGAGGACGAGGGCGAUUGUACAUAGUAGGAGCGUGUGGAGCCGAUCAGACAGGCUCCCGCUCUUGAAUGUAGCAGCAAUUGACCAAUCAAUGUCUGAGCCUCUAGAAUGGUAGUAUGAGUGAGUAUUGUGCUGUACACUUGUCAUCAGCUUGGCCAUGGCGGCAGCCUUGUCAGGUGUCAUCAAUCAACGCAUAUUUGUGGUUUCUUUCUA